AUGGAGAGUGAUUCUAAAACAAAGUCUUAGUCAGAAAUAUUACCUGAGAUGAUUUAUAAUUAUUAUAAGUUUCCAGCUGAUUUGAAGAAAGCUGAAUUACAUGGGAAAUCUUUUAAGGUUUACGAAAAAUCUAUGAGGAAUUCCCCUUAAUGCCUUUGUUGUGAUUAUUAUCAAGAUCAUAUUAAAUUCUCAAUAUGUAGUGAUUUAAGAAAAUCAGAUAUUUGUGAGGUAGCAUCUGAUUACUUUGAAAUGAUUAAAUGGAUGAUUGCUAAUCUUGCUUCUAUUUGUAUAAUUGUUGUUCCUUAUGCUUUAUAUCGUAACCAUUAGGGAAAUCUAUGUGAAAUGCAUCCAAAUUGCAAUUAAAAUUCACUCAAAAUAUUCACUAUCUGGAACAUAACUACUGAAUUCUAUAACCUCAAUGAAUUUAUAUAUCCUUUUCUUCUUUUAUUAUCAGCAUUUAUUCAUUAUUUUUACUGUACCAGUUAUUUUUGCACUUAGUAAUUGGAAAAAAUCUUUAAACUAAUAAUUGCAACGGAUUAUUAGGAUGGAGUUUAUUUUCCUGAUUUAAUAACAAAUGAAUAAGUUCUGGAGUUUUUAAGAGAAAAUUCAUAAAAUAGUAUAUAUUUUUAGGUAAAGGACUUAAAAUCAUAUGAACAAAAUUUAUUUGAUAUAUUAAAAUCUCCUUAUUUGGGAGAAAGUCAAAAAGUGUAAGUAUAUUGUUUAGCGUUUUUUUAGUAAAAGAAAAAAAAUGAUACUAAAAGAAUGUAUUUUAUGAUAAUUUAGAAUUUUAGAAAAGUAGAAAAUAAUGCUAUAUAUUUUGUCUAGAAUAAUAAUAAUGCGACGAUUUAAUUGAAAUUUGUAAGGAGCAAAAAUUAAUAUUUUAUCAUGAAUGUUAACUUAAUGCUCCAUUAUGUUAAUACUUUUUUAAUUUUUUCCUAAUCCUCAUAAGUAGUUUUAUUUAUUCAAUAUCACUUUUUAUAAUAUUAAAAAUUAGAUUUGAUUUGA